CAUGAAGUUAUUACAACUUUUUACGCGAAGUUUGAGGGGGGAAGUAUUGUUGGAGAACUUUAAGUAAAAGUAACACAUUUAGUCGAGUGGUUUACAACAAGAAAAUGCAAGGAGAAAAAUCUCUAGCAGUUGGAGACACAGUGUGGGCAAUGUGGCCGGGAAGCAGGAAGUAUUUCGAAGCUACAGUUCUCAAUGUUAGCAAAACUAAAGUUGAAGUUAACUUCAAAGAUAACUAUCAAACAGAAGUCGCUCUGAAAAAUGUUUCCAGGAAACUUCCUUUUCGUUCCCGUUCAACGUCGCCCGCUCGAUCGCCAGCACGAAGAAGGUCUCGCUCGCCAGGGCGAAGAUCUCGCUCACGAUCUCGAUCUCCGGCAAGAAGUCGAGGACGUCCGCCAGCCCAGAAGACGUCGGAAGAGAGUCUUGACGCGAAAGUUAAGCAAGAAAUAACAACUCCGAAACGGCGUUCUUCUAGACGAAGCAGAAUGCCCGAAACAACGGUUGAAGAGUCUUCGACUUCAACCACAACUGUCACCAAAGACAGUGCUGUUACAACCACACGUGUGACUCGAUCUAUCACGAAGAAGCUUAUUGCAGAGGAAAAGGAGGCCUUACUUACACCAGAAGUCAAGCCUAGUUCUAAAAAAAGCAGUCAUGGAUUUGAAUUUGGUGGCCCAGUUGGAGUGUUCUUCAUGAUGAUCGGGCUGCCUGCAAUGGUUAUAGCGUCAUACUUGUUUUGCAACAAUCAUGGAUGUUCAAUCCGUCAGCGCCCAUCCAUUCCACCACUUUGGAGCUUCACUGGAGCAUUUUUCGACAUUGGUCAUCUGAUUGUCGGUGGAUGGAUCCUUUUCCAGGCGAUUAUUUACAUGAUGCCCAUUGGAAAGGUUGUCAAGGGACGAGUGCUUGCAGAUGGAACAUGUCUUGAUUACAGAACAAAUGGUUUCAUUGCUUUAAUCCUAAGUGAGAUUGGGUUUGCAGCCUGCCUUUAUUUCAAAGUGCCAGUUCACAUGGUCUACCACACUUUCAUUGGAAUCAUAACAGCAACUAUCUUGUGGUCUAUUAUUGUGGCAGUUGUUGUUUAUGUUAUGGCACACCAACAGAAAAGAGGUUUGGCUCCAGGGGGAAACACAGGUAAUGUGAUCUAUGACUUCUUUAUGGGACACCAGCUUAAUCCUCGGUGGGGAAACUUUGAUUUCAAGUUCUUUUUUGAAGUCAGGCCUGGACUAAUUGGAUGGGUAAUGAUCAACUUCUGCAUGGCUGCCAAAGAAUACCAAAAGAGAGGGGAAGUUUCUCCUGCAAUGAUACUUGUAUGCAUCUUUCAGCUCAUCUAUGUUGCUGACUGCUUAUUUUAUGAGUCUUCCAUCCUAAGUACAAUGGACAUCAUCGAUGAAGGAUUUGGCUUCAUGUUGGCAUUUGGAGACAUAUCGUGGGUUCCAAUCAUGUAUUCCAUGCAGGCACGCUAUCUAGUGGACAAUUCUGUCAAGAUAUCAUAUCUUACAAUCGCUGCAAUAGUGGCUCUAUUUGUCAUUGGGUAUGCAAUAUUCCGUGGAGCCAACUCUCAGAAAGACAGAUUCAGAACUGACCCUGACUCAGAGGAAUUCCGAGAUCAAGAAACCAUUUUAACCCCAACUGGUCGACGACUCCUGGUCUCUGGUUGGUGGGGCCUGGUGCGGCAUCCCAAUUACCUGGGUGAUAUCAUCAUGGCAUUCGCUUGGUCCAUUCCUUGUGGUUUUACAAACCCAUUUCCGUUUUUCUACCCGGUUUAUUUGACAAUUCUAUUGGUUCACCGUGAAAUCCGGGACGAAGCGAACAGUCGUCGUAAAUACGGAGCAAGCUGGGACGAGUACUGCCGGCGAGUGCCUUACCGCAUUGUACCCAAGAUAUUUUAACCUUUUCGCGCUCAUCAUUUUAAGAUUUUUUUUUACUAUUCUUUACAUUUUAGAUGCCUCUUUUUAGUGUACAAGUUUAUAUCAUAAAAAGUCGUUUUUAACUUUUAAAAAGCAAAUAAGUGGUUGAAGAUAUAUUCUGGAAGGUAAAAGAAAACAUUUUACGACACAAGAUUUUUCUGAGAUAAGUUUACUUUUUUCUUUUUCUUUUAGAAAAUUUUCCGCUAAGCCCAUGGCUAUGAUAAUAUAUUUAUGUAACGAUGGUUUUAGCCAUUAAUUGUGUCGGUUUUAUGUGAAGAAAUUUUUACAUGCAUGCAUGACUAAAAAGCUCAGGAUAUAUUUUAGGUAUACUGUACACUGAAUAACUAGGUACCUUGCGAGCAGGCUCUCGUUAGUGCAAAGAACCCCGCGUAUUUGGAGCAUUCAAACGAAGCAAGCGUUCUGCUUAGGGUCGUUCCAGAACCUGCGUGGACUUCACGCGCGCUCUCGUGGGCUUGAAACGAGCGGCAUUGCCGCUUGUGUGGCAGCGCGAAUGAGGGCCUGCUGGCAGGCACAAUAAUACUGAUUAAGUUAGAUUAAAGAUCUUGUUUUAAGGUUGUGUAAAGGUCGGGACGCAAUAAGCGACACUGUUGCAGCGAUAGGUCUUUGCUUCCGAUACAAGGGUCGGCGUCUCAUUUUCUGGCUGUUACCAUCGCCUAAACUCAAACCCGUGUGAAAUUGUAUAAAGAGUUGCAGCGACAAAUCAAAGCUCGAUUUUAACCCUACAUGUAGUCGCCCGGAGGCGACUUACCUCGCGUGUUGUCAAUGUUCUUCAUGUAUACCAGUGCAAAGAUACGAAUUGUUAGUGUCUUUUUUCGUUUAGCUGUUGCACCCUCGACUGGUAUUAAUUCACAAGUAGGGAUAUGAAAGUCUUUGGAACUUCGCAGUUCUUUUUUCCCUUGUAGCACAGAUUUUGCGAGUGGUGAAUUUUGUAAGCCAAACUGCUCCAUCUGGUAACUGGAACAAAAUUUUCACUUUUCGUUCCUGAAAACUCUGUCACUGGGUAGAGGAAUUCAAGGCAUCACGCCGUCGUUGCAACUUUUGGUUUAGUGCAUUCUGACCUUGAUGUUUUAACGUGGAAAACAGUGAAGAGCUCACAAACCGAAAGCAAAAUCUUUAUAACUAUGUUACGGGAGAGCACUGAUACUCGAAUUUGCCGUCUAUCUUUCUAGUAUAAGAUACUUGUCUACUCAUUUCUCGUUGUAUAAUUCAUUUAAGUUUAACCUUAUACAGAAAUUUAUAGCCACUAAUUCUUGGUUAUUCGAUAGAUCAAUAAAAUCCAUGACGAUUUGUAAUUACGCCCGGUAGAAUUAAAAAAAGUCUUUAAUACUGACACAUGUGAAACUACUACUACAUGUAGUAAGCGUUUGCAAAACUCGAGGCAGUUAGAGGUUCGGGUUAUUAUUGAAAAAAUGCAUACGUAGUCACUUGUAUAUUAACAUAAGAGGGUUUUACUAACCUGUAGCAAGGAAAGGCCAUUGCAACUUCUCGUUGAAAAAUAUUUAAUCGGGCGUGGAAAUUAAGUUAGGACUGCAGUAGCUCUACCUCACUACGCACCGUGAUUGGUGAAGAAUGUUCGCGCCAAUCCCUUAACAAAUCGCGACUUUGAGAAUGGCGUUUUCCUGCACCUGUUGCACGUCAAAUGUGUGUGCUUCCCGUUCUCAUUGGCUCUUACGAUCGUAAACUUUGAUUGGCCUUUUGCUGUAUAUGAAAAAUACACGAAGUGCAGCAUCGUGUUGAAUGAGAAGUAAUGGCAGUUACAAAGCGUACAUCUAUGCAAGUAUUUGAUGUCUUUCCUCCUCAGGGAUACUGAUGUAUAUAUAUGUAGAAUGUAAAGUUGUCAUUAGAUUUGUUUGCUCUGAGGAUUACCUUUUCCUCCAAAAGGCCCCUUUUCUCUUAGGUGGGGAAAAGGGUAACGAGUUUCGGUGUCUUGGAAAUAAAUGUUUAUCCAUUUUAUCUUAAGAGGA